GUGAGUGGGAUCCAGAUGGUACAGGCCGAGGGCGUGCGGGGCCUCCAGUUCUCAGCUGCUGAGCCCCGUGCAGUGAGCUUCCCUGCUUCCAGAAUCUUCUCCAGCUGUGACCUCUUCCCUGAAGAAUUCUCCAUCAUCGUCACCUUGAGAGUUCCUGACCUUCCACCCAAGAAGAACGAAUACCUGCUCUCCCUGGUGGCCGAGGAGAGGGACACGCUGCUGCUUGGCCUGAGGGUCUCGCCCACCCAGCUGCACUUCCUGUUCCUCAGCGAGGACCUGGCUGGUGCCUGGCAGACCCGUGUGUCCUUCCGAAGCCCCAGCCUCGUGGACAGCCAGUGGCACACGUUGAUCUUGGCCGUAUCCCAAGGAUCCUUUUCCCUCACUACAGACUGCGGCCUCCCAGUGGACAUAAUGGCUGACGUGCCCUUCCCAGCCACCCUGUCAGUGAGAGGAGCCCGGUUCUUUGUCGGAAGCCGGAAGAGAACCAAAGGCUUGUUCACGGGUCUGAUGAGGCAGCUGGUCCUGCUGCCUGGCUCAGAUGCCACCCCAAGACUGUGUCCCAGCAGGAAUGCCCAGCUGGCUGAACUGUCCAUACCCCGCAUGCUGCAGAGACUCACAGAAAAGCCGGAUGAUAACGAGGUGCUGAAAUAUCCCUAUGACGCUGACAUGAAAGUGACCCUGGGAUCCCGGCCGCCAUGCACCAAAGCAGAGGGUUCCCAGUUCUGGUUCGAUGCUGCCCGAAGGGGGCUAUACCUAUGUGCAGGCAGUGAGUGGGUCUCCGUGUUAGCAGCCAAGGCUAAGCUGGACUACGUGGAGGAGCACCAGAGACUGCACACCAACUCAGAGACACUGGGGAUCGAGGUGUUCGCCAUCCCCGGCGUGGGGCUCUUUGCAGCCACAGCCAACCGGAAGGCUAGGUCAGCCAUCUACAAAUGGACAGACGGGAAGUUUGUCCCCUAUCAGAACAUCGCCACACACCAGGCUCAGUCCUGGCGACAUUUCACCAUUGGGAAAAAGAUCUUCCUGGCUGUGGCUAACUUUGGACCGAAUGAAAGGGGUCAGGAGUUCUCUGUCAUUUACAAGUGGAACCCCAGAAAGUUGAAGUUCACCCUGUACCAGAGGAUCGCCACCCACAGCGCCCGUGACUGGGAGGCCUUCGUGGUGGAUGGCGAGCACUUCCUGGUGGUGGCCAACCACCGAGAAGUGAGGCCCUCCCUCACCUGUGAGGCUUUUGUGGAUGCUGUGGAGACCCCAUGGUGGUCUCUAGAGCUCUCUGACUGGACGUUUGGCGCUGCAGACUGGGAGGUCUUCCACAUCGGUGAAAGGGUCUUCCUCGCAGUCGCCAACAGUCACAGCUACAAUGUGGAGAUGCACGUGCAGAAUGACUCCUACAUCCUCAGCUCUGUCAUCUACGAGCUAAACGUCACCGCACAGACCUUUGUCAAGUUUCAAGACAUCCCCACCUGCAGUGCUCUGGACUGGGAGUUCUUCUCAGUGGGAGAGGAUCACUUUCUGGUGGUUGCAAACUCCUUUGAUGGGAACAGCUUCUCAGUGAACAGUAUUAUUUACAGGUGGCAGGGCUACGAGGGCUUCGUGGCAGUACACAGACUCCCCACCUUUGGCUGCCGAGACUGGGAGGCCUUCAACACGACGGCUGGCUCAUACCUCAUCUACUCCAGCGCCAAGGAGCCCCUGUCCAGGGUCCUGCGCCUGCGGACUGGCUGA